AUGACGAAGAAGAAAAAGCUGCUGCUGUCGCUACUGCAGCAACUGCUGCUGUGGCUGAUGAUGCUGAUAGUAAUGACGUUGCAUUUAGGCCACGCGGCAGUGGAAGCCGCCAUCGGGGCCACAAAUUGGAAGAACGCCCAUUCCAUUUACGAUUUUUCGGCCGUAGAUAUAGACGGCAAGCUCGUUUCAUUGGAAAGAUAUAGAAAUAUAAAAUGGAACUUUACGAAAUUCCUUAUUGAUAAGCACGGUCAUCCUUUUCGACGCUACGCUCCUAAAGUUAACCCAAAGGAAAUUGAGUCCGACUUAGUGAAACUUUUCAUGAGUCCUUAA